AUGCCCAGUAAUAGCUUCAAGGUUUGGGUCAAAACCCUCUCUGUGGUUCUUGCAUUUUGUGCUGUGCUCUGUUUUGGUGCCCUUAAAAGUUUGAUUGUUGGUCCGAUUGCUGCUUUGAUUCUGAUUUUAGGGAAUUUAUCUGUGAUUUUGGGGCUCUUUCCUGCACAUGUUGCAUGGACGGUCUAUACCCUUAUCAAAACAAAUAAGUUUGAUGCACCCCUUAAAGUUGCAAUCUUGUUUGGCUUGCCUGCUUUAUUUGGCCUUUGGUUGGCUCUUAGUAUAGCCGGUAGUUGUCUCGUGGGUCUUGGAUAUGGUUUUUUCACUCCUUGGGUUUCGUCUUUCGAGGCCUUCAGACUCGAAGAUGCAUUGGGGAAAUUCCACCAUUGCGUUGUGGAUGGUACAUGGGGCACUAUUAAGGGUAGUUGUACCGUGGUUCGUGAUUUUGCCGACUUGUGCUAUCAUUCUUAUCCACUCUAUUUAAAGGAGCUGCGUGAAAACACUGCCUCUAAUGAGCUUCAACCUCUUAGAUUUAUUCACGUGCCUGCAUGCAUUAUUGUUGGCCUACUCGGCCUGAUUGUUGAGAUCCCACUUUACACGGCCAUUGCCAUUGUAAAAAGCCCAUACAUGUUGUUCAAAGGCUGGCAUAGGCUACUGCACGAUCUGAUCAGUCGUGAGGGUCCGUUUUUGGAAACUGCCUGCAUUCCCAUUGCUGGUUUGACGAUUCUUAUGUGGCCGCUCAUCGUUAUUGGAAGCAUCUUGUUGGCUAUAUUUACGAGCUUUUUCAUCGGAUUAUAUGGAUCUAUAGUAGUAUAUCAGGAAAGGUCCUUCAGACGAGGUGUAGCUUAUGUGAUUGCAAUGGUGGCAGAGUUUGAUGAGUACACAAACGAUUGGCUUUAUCUUCGUGAGGGCUCGAUCCUACCGAAGCCCCGUUAUAGGAAGAGAAAACCGUCCAACUCGUCCGAACUUACUGUCCCUCGAAACCAAUCCGUACACGAGAGAUUAGGCUAUGCCGCUACAGAAAGUCCCGGAAUGAUUGUUCCUCGCCUAACGGCAUCAAGGUCCGUCAGGGAGGUUAUGAAGGAGGUGAAAAUGGUGCAAAUAUGGGGAAGCACGAUGAAGGCAUGCGAAGUAAGGGGAAAAGAGCUGCUGGACGAGAACGUAAUUUCGCAUGCCGACCUCUGUGAUUGGCUGAAAGCAAAGCACUCGAGCGGCCCGCACAUUAUCGACGUGGGACUUCCUUGCUACUCUUUUCUUCACACGCUACUCGACUCCAUCAAAGUGGGGUCCACCGGCUUAGUCCUGCUUGAUGGGACAGAGGUGAACCACCUGAACCGGCCCCAAGACAGGCUCAUGGACUGGUUCUUUAACCCGGUUUUGGUCCUAAAGGAACAAGUUAGGGCCUUACGGCUGGAGGAAGGUGAGAUUCGGUACCUUCAGAAAGUGUUGCUCUUUGGGAAUGACAAGGAACGUGCUAAAGCUUGGGAAAACGAGGAUUUUGCAAUCGAGGAUGCUCUCAGAGCAGCUCAGAUUGAAGGCAUUAGUCGAAGGAUGAUGGGGAUGAAUAGAAGCGUAUCAAAGUUUCCGACUCAUAGAAGGCGAUACCGGCAGGUCGUAAAGGACUUGAUAGCAUAUUCUAAGGGAAAAGAUGGUUCGUCGAGAUCCAUCAAUUGUUCGGCACCAAAAGAAGGAUCACAAAGAUCGUUAAAUUCUUCAUCCGCUGCAAAAGAAGGCUCGACGAGAUCAGUAUCCGUGAAAUCGGUUGCCUCUGUGGAUAUCGUUUAA